AUGGGACAGCUUGCCAGUGCUCAAAACACUAGACCAGAUGGAGAUUUUCCAAGUGACAUUGAAGAAAAUCCUAGGGCGGCCCUUAAUGCCGUAUCGUUAAGGAAUGGGAUACAACUAGAAGAAGUUCAGUCUAAAAAGAGGAAAAAGGUGACUUUUAAUAAGAGGCCAACCACUAUAGAAUCAAUAUCAGAAAAAGCUAAGGAGUUAGAGAAGCCAGUUGGAGAGGCGGUGGCUGAGCAACCUCCACAAUUGGUUGCAAGGCCACCACCUCCAUUCCCUCAAAGAUUGCAGAAAUUAAGAGAUGAUGCCGCAUAUAAAAAGUUUCUUGAUAUCUUGAAGCAGGUGGACAUUCAUAUUCCAUUGGUUGACAUCUUACAAGAAGUACCCAAAUAUGCAAAGUACAUCAAGGACAUUGUGGAAAACAAAAGGAGGCUAACCGAGUUCGAGAUUAUGGCACUCACUGAGGAGUGCAGUUCAAGAAUUCAUGGCAAGUUACCUCAUAAAUUGAAGGAUCCAGGUAGUUUCACUAUCCAAAUCUCGAUUGGUAAACAUGAUGUUGGGCGAGCUUUAUGUGAUCUUGGAGCGAGCAUCAACUUGAUGCCGCUAUUUGUGUUCUGA